GCAGGCUCCGCCUCCAGCCCGCGGGGAGCUGCGCGGCGGCGGAGGCGGGCACGUGGGCAUCAGACCUUGAAGCACUUUGUGCCAAAUCGUUACCACUAACCACAUGAGCCUAAAUCAUGACGGAUGCCAAGUACGUCCUCUGCAGAUGGGAAAGGCGAUUGUGGCCUGCAAAGGUUUUGGCCAGAACUGAGACUUCAACAAAAAAUAAGAGAAAAAAGGAAUUCUUUCUAGAUGUUCAAAUACUCUCUCUAGAGGAAAAAAUUCAGGUGAAGAGCACGGAAGUGGAAGCCCUAGAGAAGUCUCAGAUUGAGAACAUUGCCUCUUUCUUAGCCUCACAGGAGGAGGUUCCUGCUGCACCCCUGGAGGAGCUGACCUACAGACGGUCGCUGCGGGUGGCUCUGGAUGUUCUGAAUGAGAGAGACCGCAUCUGUCAAGAAGGCCCUUCCCGGAGAGAGCAGCUGCCCACGGGCGUGGCUUCCCUGCCCCGUGAUAUUCUCUCUCCAUCUUUUCUGCCUGAGAGGAGGUGGGAAUAUGCACAACAUGACUUGUCAGGUUUGUUCACUUGUGAAAAGGCCCCCAACUGCAAAAUGGACCACAAGAAGGAGCUCAGGAAAAGUGAAAACCCAAGAGCCCAGUCGGUCAGUCCAGCCCGCGAUGGUUGUCAGGAUGGUGGUAGGUCAAGGAACCACCGAAGCAGUCGAACGCGGGCAAGUAAAAGAAGAAGGAAUUCAGCCCCGAAGUCCACCUGGUGCCGGGGGGUGCCUGCACUUCCAGGGGCAGGGCUGGAAGAGGAAAGCCAGGGAGAGCCUGGCCGCUGGAUGGCCCUGUCCUCACCUUCUCGAGCCAGGGAGGAUGAUGUGUGUGCCAGGGCUGAAGGACGUGAUCCAGGCUUGCCAUCAGGCAGCCUCACAGUGCGCCCAGCCCAGGAGGGGGCAGGAGGACGCCUGAUGAAGAGGCUGUGCCUAGAGGGAGGCCGGAGGCUGCAGACUGCACAGCUGGAGCCAGCGGCCUCAGGGGCAGCGCUGCCUCCGUCCAGCACUCCUGCAAAGGAAGUGACACACCCUGGUCUGCAGGCCCACGGCCAGCUGCAGCAAGACCCUCCAUCUUCUGAAGAGUCCAUGGAGUGUGGUUCCAUCAAUUCCAUCCUGGAUGCAGAUGAGGAGGACGAGGAGCCACCGAGGAUCCUUCUGUAUCACGAACCAAGUUCAUUUGAAGUAGGAAUGCUUGUCUGGCUUAAAUACCAAAAAUACCCCUUCUGGCCAGCGGUGGUCAAAAGCAUCAGGCGGAGAGAUAAGAAGGCGAGCGUGCUCUUCAUCGAAGGGGACAUGAACCCGAAAGGCAGAGGCAUCACCGUGCCCCUUAGGAGACUGAAGCACUUCGACUGUGAGGAGAAGCAGGCACUGCUGGACAAAGCCAAAGAGGACUUCGACCGGGAUAUUGGCUCCUGCGUCUCCCUCAUCACCGACUACCGGGUACGGUUAGGCUGCGGCUCUUUUGCGGGCUCCUUCCUGGAGUACUAUGCUGCUGAUAUAAGCUAUCCCGUCCGGAAAUCCAUCCAGCAGGAUAUUUUGGGGACCAGGUUCCCUCAGCUGAACAGGGGAGACCUUGAGGAGCCCGUGGAGGGCAGCACUGUGGGGCGCAGGCAGCCCUGCAGGAAGGUGCUGCCUGACCGCUCUCGGGCUGCGCGGGACCGUGCCAACCAGAGGCUGGUGGAGUACAUCGUGAAGAGCAGGGGUGCAGAGAGCCACCUGCAGGCCAUCCUGAGGAGCAGGCGGCCUUCGAGGUGGCUGAAGACGUUCCUGAGCUCCAGCCAGUACGUGACCUGCGUGGAGACCUACCUGGAGGACGAGGAGCAGCUGGACCUCGUGGUGAAGUACCUGCAGGGCCUCUACCAGCAGAUGGACGGUGAGGUGCUGGCGGGAGUCAAUGGUGACAGCAUCAGGUUCAUCCUGGACGUGCUGCUGCCCGAGGCCAUCAUCUGUGCCAUCUCUGCGGUAGACGCGGUGGAUUACAAGACGGCUGAAGAAAAGUACAUAAAGGGACCUUCACUCAGCUACCGGGAAAAAGAAAUAUUCGAUAACCAGCUCCUAGAAGAACGGAACCGGCGCCGCUGAGGAUAGUGCCACUGCCAGGGCACUGUGGUCUGCGCGGCCUGGCACGGGGUGGCACGUCUCCCUGCGGUGCACGCCAGUGUUCUGGAGGGUCAGGACCCCGAGUCGGGCGCAGGGCGGGUCCCCCUCGCUGAGGCAGCUCCUUCCCUGGUGUCUGGGGAGGGUGUGUCUCCCCACGGGUGCUGCGAGCAGGCGCGCCCUGUGCUGGGCUGCUCCCGUGCUGUGCUGCUCCCGUGCUGUGCUGUGCUGUGCUGUGCUGGUGCGAGUUUGUCGUUUAUGUGACAUUGCAUCCAGUAUUAAAUGUGUUUUUA